AUGGCGGGCUAUCCCGCGUACUCGUACAGCACGGGCACGCCGGGUGACCUGCUUGGCGCCUCCGCUCCUCCCGCAUUCGAUCGGGUGCCCGGCCACUUCGAUGGCUUCGGCGAGAGCUCGCACUUUGCACAGGCGACGACGUUCGGCCCGUCCGGUCCGCCGCCUGGCAUCAAGGAGCAGGAAGACGAGGAGCCGAAGCCGGCGGCAUCGGCGCUCCGCGACUCCUCGCCACCGGCCGCCAGCGCAGAGGCGCCUCCACGAUCCUCGCGCAAGCGCACGGCUGCGCCGAAGGCCGCCGCUGCUUCCAGCAGCACUGCUGCUCCUGCGGCCAGCAACAACACCGAGAGCGAUGCCGGCGGCCCCAAGACGCACCGCUGCGAGAACUGCGACAAGAACUUCAGCAGACGCUCGGACCUGGCGCGCCACAAGCGCAUCCAUACCGGCGAGCGCCCGUAUCCGUGCGAGCACCCCGGGUGCGGCAAGAGCUUCAUCCAGCGCUCUGCUCUGACGGUACACUCCCGUGUCCACUCCGGCGAACGUCCGCACCGCUGCGAGGUCGGCUCGUGCGGCAAGAGCUUCUCGGACUCGAGCUCGCUCGCGCGCCAUCGCCGCACGCACACGGGCCGCCGGCCCUACGAAUGCCAGCACCCCAAGUGCGGCAAGAUGUUCACGCGCCGCACCACGCUCAACCGCCACGCACGCUGCCAUCAACCUGGCUAUGUCAAGCCUAAGGGCAAGAGGUGA